AUAUUAAAUAAGUAAAAGAAAUACUCUUCAAAAUCCCGACAUUGUCCCUCCUCUCGCGCCUAACCCUGAUCUCCCCGUCUCCGAUCAUCUGUUUAGAUCGAUCCUCCGUCCCCGGCAGGCUUCUCCUGCUCUCCUGAUCAGGCUACGGACUGCGUGGGUUGGUUUCGAUCGCCGGCCAUGGCGUCCUUCCGACCGUUCCCACAUCCCCCUCCGUCGUCGUCCUUCGUCUCUCCUCCGGCUCCAAACCAAGCCCCUAUCCCUCCUCGCCCUCUCCACCCUCCCGUUGUCUCUGGAGCUGGCCAUCCGUACCCUCAGCAUGGGGGAUUCCCCGCCUCCGUUUACAGCGCAGCGGCUCCGCCUUACCAAUUCGGCAAUCCUUCCGCCGGACAGCAGCAUAACCAGCAGCAGUAUGCCUAUCCUCCGCCUCAGCCGCCGUCCAUCACAGGGCAGUCUCUAUCAUCUUCCUCCUUCCCUCCUCCGCCGCUCCCACAGCCUGGGCAACUUCCUCAUCCCCCGUAUUACCCUUCUUCACAGUACUCCUACUAUAAUCCUCCCCCUCAACCACCUCCUCCUCCCCCUCCUCCACCUUCGUCUCCUCCAAUCCACAGUUCCUCCUUUCCUCCUCCACCUCCCCCGCCAGCCUCCCCUCCCCCUCCACCACCGCCUCCCACCCAUCCGGAGCUCCCUCGGAAGUCCUCAGCCCCUGUACCCUCCACUGCCCCUGUUCCUGCCCACAAUUCUUUUAGACAUCAGAAGCCCCAUCCACCGCAUCCAGGAAAGGUUCUUUUACCCGGGCCUGGAAGGGUGGAGACGGAGGAAGAGAGGAGCGCAAGGAAGAGGAGGGAGUAUGAGAAGCAGAGGCAGGAGGAGAGGAGGCAGCUGAUGCUGAAGCAGUCACAGGCAAAGGUAUUGCAGAAGACUCAAAUAUUGGCGGCUACUACCGGUGGUGCUCGAGCUAGUGGUAGGCCGCAUGAGUCAAUGGUGGGAUCGAGGAUGGGUGAUAGGAGGACUACUCCGUUCCUGACUGGAGAUAGGGUUGAGAACAGGCUGAAAAAGCCGACGACUUUCAUAUGCAAGAUGAAGUUUAGGAAUGAGUUGCCAGAUCCAACAGCUCAGCCAAAGUUAUUAGCUAUGAAUACCAAUAAAGAUCGAUAUACUAAGUAUACUAUUACAUCAUUGGAGAAAACUUACAAACCCAAACUUUAUCCAGAGCCAGAUCUUGGAAUUCCUCUUGAUCUUCUAGACAUUUGUGUGUACAAUCUGCCUGCUGUUUGCCCACCCCUUGCUCCAGAAGACGAGGAGUUACUGCGCGACACUGAGGUAGAAACCCCCAUCAAGCAGGGUGGUAUUCGAAAGAAAGAGCGCCCUACAGAAAAGGGGGUUUCAUGGUUGGUUAAUACAGAAUAUAUUUCCUCUCUUAGCAUGGACACUGCCAAAACGUCCAUGUCUGAGAAGCAAGCAAAAGAAAUGCGACAGUCCAGGGAAGGUCGGAAUCAAUUUUUGGAAAACCUGAAUAGUAGAGAAAAGCAGAUUCAGGCUAUUGAAGAAUCCUUUAAGGCUUCCAACUUACCUCCUGUCCAUCAAACUAAUCGUUCAUUGAAACCUGUGAAGAUUAUGCCUUUGCUACCUGAUUUUGAGCGGUAUGACGAUCGUUUUGUGCUGGCAUCAUUUGAUGGUGAACCUACUGCUGAUGUGGAGAUGUAUAACAAAUUAGAUAGAUCCAUGCGUGAUGAUCAUGAAUCACAGGCCAUAAUGAAGAGCUUUGUGGUUAGCAGCUCCGAUCCUACAAAGCUUGAGAAAUUUUUGGCAUACAUGGCUCCUGCUCCUGAUGAGCUAUCGAAGGACAUUUACGAUGAAAAUGAAGAUAUAUCAUAUUGUUGGGUUAGGGAGUAUCACUGGGAUGUCAGAGGUGAUGAUGUUGAUGACCCUUCAACAUUCCUUGUUAAUUUUGAUGAUGAUGUUGCCCGAUAUCUGCCUUUACCAACAAAGCUUCUAUUAAAGAAAAAGAAGGCUAAAGAGGGAAGGUCUAGCGAUGAGGUUGAGCAUUAUCCUGUGCCUUCGAGAAUAACUGUGAGAAAAAGGGCAUCUGUUGCUGUUACAGAAGUGAUGGUGGAAUCUGGACAAACUUCUCUAAAUCAUGACAGGGUGGAUAUUCAAUACUCGAAGAAGGCAAGGUCUUUUAGAGAAGAUGAUUCUGAUGAUAGGCCUGAACGUACAGAGCAUUUUAGCGGGGAUGACAUUUCUGAAUAAUUUGAGCAUCGUGUGCUAUGCUAUCAAAGUCUGGAGUGCUAUUUUAGCCAUAUAUAUAUAUUAAUAUAUUUAUAUAUAUAUGGUCUUCAUCUUAACGCUAUGCCAGUGUAGACUUGGGUUGAAAUGGGCAUCCAAUGGCAUCACAAGGCAGAGGUGACAUGUUCUCAAUACUGAUGUCCAGUUUUAUGUCCUGGAAGGAAUGGAAGCGUAGAAAAAUCAAAUUGUUGCUCAUUCAUCUUUUUACUCAACGGUUUACCAUCCUAAUUUGAUUUUUCUUUGUUUCACAUUUAUGGCAUGUUCAUUAAAUUUUAUUUAUGUCCAAAAUGUAAGCUUGAAUUUCUCUGAAGAGACGCUCAGAUGGUUUGAAUUGCAUUGGUUGACCUGGAGAUUCUUUAUAGUUCAGAGAUUUCUAAAUAAUAUGCAAAUAGUUCACAGAAUUAGUUUUUUAA